AUUAAGCUGAAAUUAGAGAUAUGUGUGCUUCUUCUUGUGUUUUUCUCUCACAGUCGUUUGUGCGCUGCAUCCCCGGGGUGGGGAUCUACUUCAGCACCUUCUACUCCCUGAAGCAGCACUUCUUCCUGGACCAGGCGCCCAACGCCGGGGAGGCCGUUCUGCUCGGAGCGGGCGCCAGAACCGUGGCCGGCGUCUCCAUGCUGCCGUUCACUGUCAUCAAGACCCGCUUUGAGAGCGGCUGUUACAACUACGUGAGCGUGGCCGGCGCCCUGAGGAGCGUGUACGAGACGGAGGGACUCAGGGCUCUGUUCUCGGGCCUGACCGCAACGCUGCUCCGGGACGCUCCGUUCUCCGGCAUCUACGUCAUGUUCUACAGCCAGGCCAAGAAGACGCUGCCUCAAGGUGAGAGACGCACCCACCUCAGCCAAUCACAGCUGAGAUCAUCAAAAUUCCUCGCUCGCCCUCAGGAGAACGGCGUGGCUGGGUUUUUCCGCGGGGCCGUACCCAGGUCUCUGCGACGCACUCUCAUGGCCGCCAUGGCUUGGACUGUCUACGAACAGCUGAUGGCUCGAAUGGGCCUCAAAUCCUGAAGAGCCGUGACGAGACCGAGACCGGAUACGUCUGAGUUUGUGACUGACAGAAGUUUCUCACUGGAAGUCCUGAAAGUGAAAGUGAACGAGGGAGUCGAGGAGGAGCAGCAAAACCAAGAACUAAA